AUGACUGUUUCCGCCGUUCAGUUAGAGACUGUGCGAGCAUCCGUCGAUGCCGCGCUGGAAGCAUUGAACGACUCGCUACGCAAAUUGAACCACGAGAUCUGGUCGAAUCCCGAACUUGCCUACCAAGAGCACCGUGCCCACGACACCAUCUGUGACUUCCUCGAGCAACAGGGAUUCACUGUCACUCGCCAUGCGUAUGGAUUAGAUACUUCGUUUGAAGCCCUCAGUGGAUCGGGUGGGCGAUUGAUCAACUUUAACGCCGAGUACGACGCGCUUCCCGAUAUCGGCCACGCCUGUGGCCACAACCUUAUCGCGACCAGCAGUAUCGCUGCGUUUCUCGCUCUCUCUUUUGCAUUGAAAAAAUAUGGGGUUCCUGGACGAGCAAAAUUGUUAGGAACACCAGCUGAAGAGAACGGAGGAGGCAAGGCUAAACUGAUCGAUGCCGGAGCCUACAAGGACGUGGACAUUUGUCUCAUGGCUCAUGGUGGAUCCCAAACAUUCUUCCCGGACAAGCCGGAAAUUGUGGGAGUCGCCGGAACACUUAUGAACGCGCGCAAAAAUAUUCAUUGCGAGUUCUCGGGCAAGAGCGCGCAUGCCGGUGGAAACCCGUGGGCCGGAGUCAACGCCUUGGAUGCGUUGGUGGCCUCUUAUAAUAACGUGGCAGUGCUUCGUCAGCAACUUAUGCCGGACCAACGUGUCCAUGUUGCUUUCACAGACGUUCCCAAAGUGGCCAAUGUGAUUCCAGCUUAUACCAAGGCCUUCUGGCAGGUUCGGAGUCCGACAUUGAAGGGACUCAAUACCCUUGUGGCCAAGGUCCGCAAUUGCAUUGAAGCUGGUGCUUUGGCUACUGGAUGCCAAGUAACAAUCUCAGAGGAUGAGCUCUACACUGACGUCCGACUGAAUGAUACACUCUGUGAGAGAUACAAGGUUCACAUGGACUCUUACAACCGAAAUGUGAUGAAGCGUGACGACAAAGUCUUGACGGCUUCAUCAGAUAUUGGAAAUGUUAGCUAUGUUGUCCCUACCCUACACACAAUGUUCGGCAUUCCCACGGAGGGUAAUAGCUUCCCUCAUCAUCCUACAUUUACAGCCGCGGCUGGAACAGAUGCGGCACACGCGGAGGCAAUUAUUGUUGGCAAAUCGCUUGCCUUGAUCGGAUAUGAUAUGGCCACCAACAGUGAGAUGUACGAGACUGCUCGCCGACAAUGGCAAGAGGAGAUUGCCCGUGAGGAUUAG